UGGAACUUCGAGGCGACCAUCUCUCUGUAUCUUCUGAACUCCAACGUUUCUCGACCACGGUGUUUGGUCAAGGCUCAUCUUAAACGUACUUGUUUGCCCGCCAUUUUCCUUCCAGCCAUGUCCUCAUCUUCAUUCGUUGUUCAUAAGCAUGAAGUCCCAUGUCAGCAUAUCAGGGAGUAUCCGCGUGCCACCUCAAAUGCUCAGGAAGAUAUGCUGCACUUGGUGGUAAAGCAAUACUGCCCUCGCAAUAAUUUGUCCCCCAAACCUGGCGAUGUCACCAUCCUUGCUGCGCACGGAAAUGGCUUUCCAAAGGAACUUUUUGAGCCUAUGUGGGAUGAACUUCUCCAUAAAUCAAGCGACAAUGGCUUCAACAUAAGGGGCAUUUGGAUAGCCGAUGUCUCUAAUCAAGGCGAGAGCGGAAUCUUGAACGAGGAUAAAAUAGGAGAUGAUACUUCGUGGGAUGAUCAUUCUCGUGAUCUUCUUCAUAUGAUAAACCUCUUCCGUGAUCAAAUGCCGCGGCCUUUGAUUGGAAUAGGUCAUAGUAUGGGUGCUUGUCAACUCGGACGUCUCUCUCUACUUCACCCACGACUACUCUCAAGCUUGAUCCUGCUAGAUCCAACCAUAUUGCCUCCGCAUGGUUUCCCUCAAAGUGCGACGAUCGCUCUUGCUCAAGCAUCCACUUUUCGUCGUGACCUGUGGCCGUCCCAUGAAGACGCGGCUGCUGCAAUUGCAAAAAAUCGAUUCUUUCAGCAAUGGGACGCCAGAGUAUUGAAAUUGUUUUUGGAGCAUGGAUUGCGAGAACUUCCCACGAAAUUAUAUCCACACGAUUCCUCGGCUCUAGGGCGCACACCGGUGACCCUGACGACCACCAAACAUCAGGAAUCCUUUACUUAUCUCCGUCCUCAAUUUUCAGAUUCCCGAGAUUCUAGCCCUUCUACUCGACUGAUGAAACAUAAUAGACAUGGUUUAUAUCGGCCAGAGCCACUUUAUAUGUACGAAAAUCUCCCAUUCCUUCGUCCAAGUGUGCUUUUUGUCUUCGGCGGAAAGUCGGUCAUGUCUUCCCCAAAAUCUCGCGCCGAGAUGAUGGAACUCACAGGCACCGGUUUAGAAGGAAGCGGCGGGGCGAAAAAGGGUAAGGUUGAGAAUAUUGUCCUAGAGAAUUUUGGUCAUCUCCUUCCAAUGGAAGCCGUGGAAAGCUGCGCAGAAAUAUCAUAUAAGUGGAUAAACAAAGAGCUACGCCAAUGGAGAGAACAGGAGGAAGAGUUCGGAAGAAUGUGGUAUUCUAAAGUAAAGGGGGAGAAAUCGUCGAUAAGUUCUGAGUGGAUAAAGGUGAUUGGGAGACUGCCACCUAAGUCUGGAAUUGAUAUUGCUAAGCUAUGAUCUUCAAAUUUGCGGUAUCUCACUAAUCCAUGAUGGUGCAUCACAUUCCGUACACAGUAUCGGUCCCUGUCAUUGCAAGUUCCGUUCAACACUUCGUCUUGGGGUAGACUUCUGUAUUUGUAAUCAGAUCGCAACGCAGU